CAGGCAAAGAGAGAUAAAGAGAGAGAUAAAAGAAAUUAGAAAAAGGAAAAUAAAAAGAUUAGCGGUGGAAGUGUUUUGGCUGAGCAACCAUGUAGAUCUUUGCCAUUAGGUGGUAAGAGAGAAAAGCUUAACGUAAAUCAAAAAAGGAAAAGUAAGAGAAGAAAGAGCAAGCCUUGCAGCCAGCUGAGCUAUCUACUACUGGAAAUGGAAUUCGACGAGCACGACGACCCAGAUGAGGAAAUGGAGAUCCCGACCGUCCUACCGCCAGGCUAUGACUCCUCCUCCGCCGCAGCCGCCGCCAGAACCAUCAACAAAUCCGAGGUUGUUGGAGGCGGCGGUGGUGGCGCGUCGAGCAACUCGAGGAAGAACUCCGGUGGGGUGAGGUACAGAGAGUGCCUGAAGAACCACGCCGUGAAUAUCGGCGGACACGCCGUCGACGGCUGCUGCGAGUUCAUGGCGGCGGGCGAGGAGGGCACCAUCGACGCCCUCAAGUGCGCCGCCUGCAACUGCCACCGCAACUUCCACCGCAAGGAGAUCAGCGAUUCUUCCUCCCCCGGCGCCGCCGCCGCCGCCUCGGACCACCCCAACUACCUCUACCACCACCACCAUCACCAGAACUUCCCCGGCGGUUACUACCGGUCGCCGCCUCCGCCGUCGGGGUACCUCCACGUGCGGCCGCUGGCGCUCCCCGGGGUUUGCGGAGGCGGCCGGGAGGAGGGGGAGGACCACAUGUCGAAUCCAAGCAGCAGCGGAGGAGGCGGAGGCGGAGGAGGAGGGUCGAGUAGUAAAAAAAGAUUUCGGACGAAGUUCACGCAGGAGCAGAAGGAGAAGAUGCUGGCGUUUGCGGAGAGCGUGGGGUGGCGGAUCCAGAAGCACGAUGAGGCGGCGGUGGAGCAAUUCUGCGCGGAGACCGGGGUGAGAAGGCCGGUUCUCAAGGUGUGGAUGCACAACAACAAGCAUACCCUCGGUAAGAAACCCUAACGCCAAAAAAAUUCCAAACAAAAAAAUAUAUAUAUAAAUAAUAGUAUGGAUUUUGAUCAAUUAGCUUAGCUAGCUAGCUCAAUUUGUUGUUGCACUUUGCACCACAUGAUGAGUAUUGAAUGGAAAAUAUGGCUGGAGAGUAGUACUACAACAAAUACUACUACUACUACUACCACCAAGUAAUAUUGAUGAGGAUGGUGAUGACCAACUUGGAGGAGGAGAAAAUACUACUACUGGUGGAGCGUGGAAAAAUUUGUACUGUGAAUUGAUGAUCAGUACUACUACUUCUACUACUACUUUUACUAAUGAUCUAACUAGGGUUUUCUUCUUCUUCUUCUUCUUCUUUUUAAUUUAUUUUUUAGUUUAUUAUCACUUUGGGUUAAUUAGCAGUUUCUAUUAAUUUAUUUUUCUGGAUCUCUUCUUCAUCUUAAGCUAGCUGGACUUCUUCUGGGUUAUUAUUGUCAGUGGAUAUACUAUAUGUCAUCAUUGUUGCUGAUGAGCAAUUUUUUUUUAACUCCUUUUUGUUUUGCCCAACUGCUAAUUCAGUCUUUGAUUUUGAGCUUUCAAUUAUAUAUCAUAUUGUUGGAAACCCUAUUUUGUUUGGAAAAAGCAAUUUAGGGUUCAACGAUUAAUCUGGCCAGAAAAUUGUAAUUGAACUAGCUUCGCUAUAGCUUGGUCCACCUCCAUUUUUGGGGCUUUAAUUCGAUUAUGUUCAUUAUUUUAUGAGACUCAGUUUACAGCUUUUGAUAAUCAUCAAUACUAGGAGAGAGGAAAUUAAUGAUGGUAAAGGAAAAACUAAAGAAUGGAAUCAAAUGAAAAAUUCUAAUUAAAUAUUAGAAUUGGUAGUCAAAUUAAACCAAAGAAAUUACUACCAAUCGAGAAAAUUAUAAAAUACCCAGUAGUAGAAUCAAACGAAUAACGGCAAA